CGGUCGCACAUGAUUGGAAGGAUUACUCAGGGAAAUUACCACUGGAAACUUUUAAUACAACACUUCUACAACUCAGAAAUUACGUCUUUUUAAAAACAAAUAUAUAAUUUUUGCUGGAUAAUAUCUACUGAUUUGAGCGCUUUAAAUACCAUAAUUUAGUCCUUGCAUUACAUGUUUACUGCGACAGCUUUUAAUAGCUCAUUUGAAUAUUCGUGGACAACGCGGUGUCAUAUGUACAAUGUCAUCAUAUAUUAUUUUAGGUAUAAACAAGUUUAUGCUGUCUUAAAUAAAAUUUAAAGCGCAUUAACUCAAGAGGACUUAAAUUUGAUGUUUCAAGAUGGAUUCUUUACAGCAAGGAAGGAAUAUUCCGAAAGAAAAACUCGCAUCGCUUGUGGAACAGGCUCGAGACUUUGCAGUCAGUAAUGGUAUUCUCAUGAUUCCAAAAGAUGCCCCCUCCCCAAAUUUAUUUUCUCAUGCCCCAUUCACACUGUUCGCGUCUCCUUUCCCUAAGACGCUUUUCGAACAAGGUUUUAAAGUUCAAAAAGAUUUUAAUAUACUCGUGGAUAAAAUUAGCAAAGAUUAUGAAUUUUUGAAGUCUUCUCUUGCGAGGUGAGUAUUUGUAACUUAAUAUGUAUCACAUGUAUUAAAAUAUGUGAAAUAAAAUGGGUGUGGUGAGAGAUAAAUUUUCUAUAAAUAAUUCGUAGUUUUAAUAGAGGUAUUAGAAGGCCGUUGUACAACUUUUGCCUAAAACUGUCGCAUGCAACCUGCUUACAACUUGAGUUGUACAGUGUAAAUCAAGCACACAACUCACCUGCGACCUACAACAUUGACUUACACAGUGCUUGACUUAUACACAGUACAACACAAGUUGUAAUCAGGUUACAUGCGACAGUCUUAGGCAAAAGUUGUGCAAUGUAAAUCAGCCUUAAUGCUUACUUGUGGCUGAUUUCAGGUUUUGCCAAAUGUUACAUUGACAAGUACUAUAAUUGCCAUGUCGUCUGGCAUAUAUCGUUAUAAAAUAACAUGUAUAUAACGUGUGCUCUGAUUGGUCGAAACCCGUGUUUGGAUCAGGCCAUCCAAACACGGAAGAAUAUCGUGUUGUUGUUAUUUUAUAAAACAAUUACUUUAUGGUUUCCGUGUUUGGAUGGCCUGAUCCAAACACGCGGGAAUGUUGCGAGAGUUAAGAAAAGCGCGCGAAAAGCGUACUCAGCCUUUGAUCACCAGCAAAGCAAUGUAGAAAAAAUAGUUUUGCCCUUCUUGCUCAGGGAACACUUUCCGUUUUGAUGACACAGACCCACCCCUUAACAUUUCUCCUCACCACCCUAAAAUGUGACCACCUUAUCCUUACCACUUGGCUUGGCAACAAAAGUGUGUUAUGGCUUUCUUGCUUAUAUGAUUGCUUUGCUUUGCUUUGAAUAGUUUACAAUGCUUGUUUCUAGUGCUAUGGAAGCCGACACAUUCACCGAAAAACUUUUUCACAUCUACGAUACAACUCGAAAGGAAGGAAUUGCUCAGGUGAGUAAGCCAUGCAGUACGUCACCUUUUCAGAACAUGUUAGGACACUUUCCUCUCUACUAAUAUUCAAAUCAUGUAAGGACACUUUCCUCUAUAUUAGGCCAAUGAAAAUUGAUAUCAUGUUUCUCGUCCCCGCCCGCAUGGGAUUUAUCUGCCGCACGAAAAUUUUUCAUUAUUCAUUAUUUUUGAAAAAUAGGCUUAAAAAACACCAAAUUCAUCUCCAGAUCAAAGUCUUAUUGCUGCAUUCCGCAAGCGCAACUCAAAUUGUAUCUUUCUAAAGAUAUUACUCGCCAGAAUGCCUCUAUUUUUCAUGUCAGCCCUGGUAUGUGUAGAAAUAUACUGUAGUCUGUAGACUGUAGUGUAGGACGUAUUAAAUUAAAAUGAAUUAUACACCAAUUUUUAAUACUUCAGAUUUUUAUGGGGUUUUUUACUGGGUCAAGGAAAUUAUUGACAAGCAGAAUUCAAAUACAAAAAAUAAUGAAAAAUGAAAAAAUCCCGCUCCAAAUUUUUGAAAAUUGUGGACGAGAAACAUGAUAUCAAUUUUCAUUGGCCUUAAUAAAACCCUCUGGGAUUACUCGCGGUAAACAACAACAUAUGGGCACAUUGCAGCUUAUUAAUUUUAAGGAAAUGAUCAAAUAUAAUACUUUAAUUUCAAAUAUUUCAGAAAAUAUCAUUGGGACUACUUCGGUCAGAUUACAUGAUGAAUCCAAUCUCAGGAAGUGAGAAAGAUUUUUUACAAGGCUAUGAAAUCAAGCAAAUAGAAAUUAAUACUAUUUCAAGUUCAUUUGGUGGUAUUGGGUCCCAUGUAACUGAGUUGCACAGGUAAAGAAAAUAAAAUUGAUCUCUGAUUAUGAAAGCUGUAAAUUAAAAAAGGAAUUUUCUCAAUUUUCCUAGUCAUAUUAAAUUGUAAGUAGCAAUAUGUAUCUUCAUUUUUAGGCAAUACUAAAAUAUUGGGUAGGAAAGACUCUAAAAAUGCCAUUUCCAAUGGUCUAGAGACUUCAAAUUUUCAAAAAUUAAGUCUUGACUUCAAUUAAUAUUAGGUUCGACCUUUGGCCCAAUAUUGAAGUCUCGACCUACUAUAAUAUUUUGCCAUAUUAGGCUCAGAAGAACCCAAUAAGAUAUAAUAUAAAAUUUGAAUAGUCCAUUAAAUAAAAAAAAACUUGGCAAGAUGGCAUCACAAACCAUGAAAAUGUGUUAUAUUGUUUUAACACCAGAACCAUAAAAACAGUAAUUUGCUGAAUGCACCCCUGCAUAUACAUAAUACAUUUAAAGACAAGUCUGCAAACUGAUGGUUGUUCAGAAUAGUUGCAGGAAGGUUGGCAAACAGAGAGAUGAAAAGUGACUGCUUGACAGAACAAAUUUUCAAGUUAUUGUGCUCUCUCUGUAUUUUCAAUGUAGAUAUGUCCAGGAGAACUAUGCUGACAGUGAUGAUAAAAUAACAGAAAAGGUGACAAUUAAUCUCUUUUAGUUACUUCUUUUAAUGACAUGCACCAGCUUUUCUCAUAAUGAUGCAUCCAAAGAAGUCACUCCAAUUUGUUUGACUCUUGCUGUCAUUAAUUUAGUGCAAGAAUACACCGGAGUAUGCAUCCAUAAUAUUGUUUCCAUCUUACAUCUUACAUGAUGGUUGUUAAUUUUAUGUUUCCUAGCUGCCUGCAAAUGGUGCAGCACAAGGAUUAGGCAAGGGAAUAGUCACAGCUUGGAGUUUGUAUGGAAAUGAAAGGUGAAACACAGUCAAAAUAGAUGUUUUGAAAUUCACAUUGGACAACUUUUAUAAUUUUUAUGUUUAAUGCAAUCUUAAUUCUCUUGUUUUGUGUUUCAGUGCUGUUGUUUUAAUGGUUGUUCAAAGCGGUGAAAAAAACCGUGUUGACCAGCGAGUGUUAGAGUAUAGUAUACGACAGAGGUGAGAAAGUUUAGUCCCGCAGUUUUUCGUUUUCAUUGUGAAGGGUAGUUUUAACUGUAGCGGUAGUAUUUUGUUUGCAAGUGUUGCAUUGAGGCUUUAGUGAGAAUGAAUGAUGCUUGUUAGCAAACCGCGAGAUUUCAGAGCACAACCAUUAUUUUAACAGCAAUCCUGCUGUGAAAGUGAUCAGAAGAACUUUACAAGAAAUCGAGGAGAAUGGUGAAUUAAAAGACGACAAAAAACUUGUCAUGUAAGUCAACUAUUCAGCGUUUUAUAGGGCGAAGGCACCGCAGAAUUGAUUCACGACAAUAUUUUAUUUUAGUGACGGUAAAGAGAUUGCAGUAGCGUAUUUCCGAGCAGGUUAUACACCAAAAGAUUACUAUUCAGAAAAGGUAAAUCAACUCUUACUAAACUAUGAACGUGAAGACAUUAAGAAGUGAUCUUUUCAUAUAGAAUUGGGAGAUGUAGUUUGAGAGAUGUACUUGCUUCUAUAAAUCAGGGCAGGAAAAAAUGUUCUUCCUGGGAGAACACCUAUAGAGACAAAAAUUCCCUGCAGACCAACGGAGUAUGUUUAUGCUAAAUCUGCAUGUGCAUAAACAUACAGUGUUCUAGUUGCAUGACCAUGGUUUUAAACUCAAGGAAUAAUGUCUGUCAACCUGUCAUGAACCAUAUGUUGUUGCGGCCAUAGUGGGACAUGGGUGUUAAGGUUUCCUUCAAAUUUUCAACAACAAAUCUUCAUUCAAACAAAUUUCCUGCAGCUGUUUAACAUUUCCUGCGAGCAUUGCUCGCGCGUGCUCGCCUAUUUUUUCCACCCCUGCUAUAAAUGUCAGUAUUUCUCGACUUGACCACCACAGUGCUACACCUGGCGAGCUAACUUGAGAUGAUCACCAUCUAAUGCCUGGUUUCGUUAACUGAAAUCCACCAUAUCUGUUCUAUAUAGGAUUGGUCAGCGCGGUUAAAACUGGAACGAUCGCGUGCAAUAAAAUGUCCAACAAUCGCGUAUCAACUGGUGGGAACGAAGAAGAUCCAACAAGUACUCGCAGAGCCAGGAGUGGUUGAAAGGUGGAUAGACUUUUUUGCCCAUUCAUGUAGCAACAUUGGUAGUUCUGCAUGUAACAACUUAACAACACGAGUGAUACCAACAACUCAUUUCUUGAUGUGGUCAGAGUUGGAGACUCGAGUCAUGCGACUUGAAUCAUAAUUUUUGUGACUUGACUUUGUUAAUCAGAUUGACGACUUCUUGACUGGACUUGGACGAAAUGACUUGCGACUUGGUCACAGACAAAAUGACUUGUGACUUGCAAGAAAUGACUUGUGACUUGCACUCUUAACUCUGGACCGACGUGAUAGUCUGAGUCCAAAUAGGGUGCUCUACUUUGACAAGAAUUUUAAACUUGUAGGUUUCUGGAUGAUCCGGAGAUGGUAGCGAGAAUACGAAAGACUUUUGCUGGACUUUUCUCACUGGACAACGUACGUUAAACCACCAUGGUUUGCACUGACGACUUUACCAAUAUUGUACACGAGUUUAGUUACAAUCUUAAAAGUUGUUAGUCAAGUAAAAAUAAUGCAUACAAACUUGUCUUACCUUUACCCAGGGGGAAGAAGGGGAUAAGAAUGCAAAGAUGGCGAUUGAAAAUCCUGAUCGUUUUGUUGUCAAACCACAACGGGAAGGCGGAGGUACAAGAUCAAAAAUUCUCAACUACAGAUUACAUGCACAGAACAUUUAAAACUUGACGAACCAUAGCUGUGGGAAUAGAUACGAGUUGCUUUCAUAGAUCUAACCAUCUAAAGCGUUUUUAUGCCCAUUGCUACCGCCAUUCACAUAUAUCAUUUAAAUGCUUAGUCACCUCGGUUUCAUUUCUAUGCUUACAUUAUCAAAGCAGUUGUAACUAUGCAAGUACUCAAAAAUGUCAUUUGCCACGAGCCCAUAUCAUAGAAUUAAUCUUAAUACUUAAAUCCAUUUUUAGGUAACAAUAUAUAUGGCGAAGAAAUACGUGAUGUAUUAUCAAAGGAGGAUAAUUCACGUACUCAGUAUGUUUUGAUGGAGAAAAUACGACCACCCGUUCUCAAGAAUUAUAUUGUGCAAGUUCACAAAGAUGAGAUCUUAGAGGAAGAUGUCGUCUGUGAAUAUGGAGUGUUUGGUAUUGUUAUUAGGUGAGAGCUUGUCAACGCAAACCAUAAAGUUUUGUACAACACGGCCGCUCAUGUUGUAAAUAGUAG